AGAAUGACGAAUCAGGAGGAGGAGCCGGUCAGCCCGAUGGCGCGUGUAUUCCAGUCACCGAGGAUUGACUUAUGUGCAGUCACCAUUGUGGGUUUCGAAACAAAGAUUAAUCCCGACGUUGUUCUUGAUGCUUUGAAGCAAAAUGUCUCCAAGCAUCCUCGUUUCUCUAGCAUAUUGUCUGAAAAUGGUGCAAAAUGGAUCGAGACCGAAGUCAAUGUAGAAGAUCAUGUAAUCGUACCAUACAUAGAUCCGGAAGAGAUAGGUGGAGAUGGACAAAGCUUUGUCGAUGAUUAUAUGUCACGUCUCACAAUGAUCCCUCUUGAUAGAUCAAGACCCUUGUGGGACAUUCACAUCCUCAACGUCAAAACCUAUGAUGCUGAAGCAGUCAGUUUUAUAAGAUCUCACCAUUCGUUGGGAGAUGGGAUGUCCUUGGUUUCCCUCAUUCUCGCAUGUACCCACAAAACAUCAGACCCAGACAUGUUUUCAAACGCUAUUCCUACCAUGAAACGGCGACCAAAACACAACCUACAAACAAAGGGCUGGUUCUUAAGGUCGAUAAUCACCAUUGGUUCUACAAUGAGACUGAUUUGGAACACAAUUGUAGAUAUGGUGCUGCUUUUGGCGACUGUGUUGUGUUUGAAGGAUACAAAAACGCCACUAAAAGCAGAUGUGAACACCAGGAACAAUCCAAAGAGAUUUUAUCACCGAAUUAUCUCUUUAGAUGACAUCAAACAUAUCAAGAACGCUAUGGACAUGACUAUCAACGAUGUUCUAUUCGGAAUGUCACAAGCCUCUUUUUCUCGCUAUUUGAACCGACGAUAUGACAAAAGGAAUGAGGAGAAUGGAGCGUUGACAUCGUAUCCGAACAAUCUUCCAGAUGGUAUACGAUUUCGUGUAGCUUGUACAGUAAAUCUAAGGUCAGACAUCGGAUUCAAGCCCUUGGCAGAUAUGAUGGUGAAGGAUUCAAAAUGCAGAUGGGGAAACUACUUCAGCUUUAUUUUUUUGCCGUUCUCCAUCGGUUUACAAACAGAUCCUUUGGUUCAUUUAAGAAAAUGCAAAUCCAUGAUGGCUCGAAAGAAGCACUCUUAUCACGCGGCUCUAGUGUAUUUUAUCAUCAAAAUUGUCCUAAAAGUGUUUGGCGCGAAGGUAGCAGCAGAGUUAUUUGAUCGACCGGUGCGGAACCUAACGACAUGCGUUUCAAACGUCAUUGGCCCCAUGGAAGAAAUCAGUUUCCUUGGCCAUCCUAUUGCUUACAUCGCUCCAAGCUCUUACGGACACGCACAGGCACUGUUGGUACAUCUGAUGAGUUAUGCGGAUAAAAUGAUAAUCUCCAUGGCGUUUGAUCCUACCGUCAUACCGGACCCCCACAUGAUUUGCGAUGAUAUGGAAGAAUCACUGAAAGAGAUGAAAGCUGCUCUCCAUGAAAGAGGGUUACUCUAAGCUAAGGGCGCAUGAGAUACGUACAUUAGAAUCACUGAAAGAGAUGAAAAGCUGAUCUCUGUGAAAGAGAGUUACUCUAAGGCGCAUGAGACACAUAAAGCCCAUUAUAUUCCGCAGCCUGUGGAUAUAGUUUUCUUUGGUCUAAAUUUGUCAUGUUUUAGAAGCUUUGAAUGUUUGUAUAGUAUUGGGCUCAGAAAUAUGUCAGUGUCGUUACUAGCUGUUGAAAAAUGUUGUGCUUAUGAAAUGUCAAUUAUUUAAGAUUUUUAAAAGUCUCA